GAUAAAGUCCAGUUAUCUUCACGUACUCCUAUAAAUCAACGGUACGCAACCCCCGAUUUCAAAAACAAAACAUAUCAUAAUAAUGUUUUAGCCUAAAAUUCAAAUGUACUACCAUUAUAUCAUGUUAUUACCAUGCGUCAAAUGUACCACAACUUGCCCACGCCUGUGCAGUUAACCAGGGUGGUAAAUAAAGGACUUUAGUAUAAAAAAAAGCCGAUCAUAACACGGAACCAGCUACUCAACAGAACCACCGUUAAAGGACCUGUAACGAGUGCAUUCUCUAGUCUGUAGCGCUACAUUUAAUCCCUUGCUAUGCGUUCGUCUCCACCACACACACUUCAUUGCUACCCUGUUUAGGAAAUCGACAUCGUGUGUUGACACGUACACACGAUCUUACACACACACACACACACAACGCAAUCAAGACAGUAUACACAGGACCCGCACUCAAGACAGUAUACACAGGACCCGGAGCUGGUGAAAGACACUGACACAUGGCAGAUCGUCCAAGGGAACAUCGGCAGAAAUAUUAUGCAUGGCAAGGGACACCCACAGAGACCGUGACGAGAUAGCAUACUGGUUGGACGUGAGACAUCUAUUGGACAUCACAGAACCCCUGGUGAUGUGUUUGGUAUCGAUGGUGGUGAUGAUGAUGAUGAUGAUGGUGACAAUGAUGGUGACCACGUCAUCAUACGCUCAGCCGAUACAAGGACCGUAUAGCUACCCGCCUAUGCCAUAUGAAUUCCGAUACGGUGUCCGAGACGACUACUAUGGCAACGACUUCGGCCACGAGGAGGAGAGCAACGGAGAGGCUGUGAGGGGUCGUUAUUACGUCCUGCUGCCCGAUGGUCGUCGGCAGGUCGUCACCUACGUCGCCGAUCACCAGCGCGGAUAUAUUGCAACAAUUAGUUACGAAAAUGUCGGUGUCCAUCCUCAUACCAGCGGUAACCGAUACGGAUAAGGCAUUCAGACGUCGUUUUUUCCCGCCAUUUUGAGGCAAUCAAGUUAUUGUUUUUUUUUGUGUUAUUGUGCCAUUCAAGUCUAUAGCGUAUUCACCUGUAUUCGAUCUUACGUAAUUCUUAAGUUCACUAGACAUGUAAUAAAAGCUUUCAUGUCUCUAGUCCGCCAAUUGUUGUGAUGUAUUUCCAAGUGCAGUGAGACAAUAGAUAGUUUUGUUUUA